AUGUUUGCCUUGGCCGGCCUUCCUGUAAUAAUGUCCCGUUCAUUCAUAUACCGCCCGUCUCCGCCUGUUGCUUCUCUCUUUACCGCAAGGCUCAACUUUCAUUACACACAUUCGCUUUUCAGUCUUCGGACGUGCCUCUCGUUACAUCGAACUCCAGUCACUCUUUCCUGGAUUCAAUAGCGGUUUGCGGAAUCGACUUCUGCUGAUAUCUCCCGGUUCUCACUUUCAAGCAACAUACCCAUCAGCCGAUUUUAAGCAUUUUUCCAGCACUCAACAUGAAGCUCACUCUUGCCUUC